AUGCAUAAUCGCAUACUGUUCUCCCUCCUGAGUACUGCACUCGCGCAAUACGCCAACAACCCAUACACUCAGCUCGAUCCUCUCCUGGCAGUAAAUACGACUAGCGGCAUCUACACAGGCUCCGUAUCCCCAACCCAACCCAACGUCCACCAAUGGCUCGGCAUCCCGUUCGGCACGCCACCCGUCAACUCCCUCCGCUUUCUCUCCGCUAUCCCAGCACCCUACUAUCCCGGUGGCCCACACGCAGCAGUCAAUUACAAGCCCAUAUGCUAUCAGAACAGCGACACUUCCUCGGGCGUGUUUUGGACUCUCGUUCCUGAGUUCCAGAACACGGAUGAACAGUCUGAGGAUUGCUUGUACUUGAAUGUUUGGGCGCCGAAAAAGCCGGCGGUGGAGAAGAAGAAGGUCCCUGUACUGAUUUGGGUGUGUGGCGGGGGGUUCGCAGAGGGAGGUGGACAUGCGCCAUACCAAGUGCCUGAUCGGUGGAUCGAGAGGACGCAGGGGCAUAUUGUGGUGACGUUCAAUUAUCGCUUGAAUGUUUUCGGAUUUCCGGGCGCGGCGGGAGCGCUGGGGAAUCCGGGGUUGUCGGAUAUUCGACUGGUUGUCGAGUGGGUCAAGGAUAAUAUUGAGGGUUUCGGGGGUGACUCAGAUCGCAUCGUCAUGUGGGGUCAAUCAGCGGGCGCAAACGCAGUGGUGUCUUACUCGUAUGCGAAUCCCGAUGAUCCCAUCGUCACAGGAUUAAUUGCAGACUCGGGAGCUGCAGCAGCAGACGGAAGUCUUACCACCAACACUACAGGCUUCUCCACGCUGGCAAAGGCAUUUGGCUGUGGGAACUUGACCGCUGCAGAAGAGCUCGCGUGCAUGCAAAAAGUCGACGCUCUUGCGCUUCAGAAGGUCAUUGGUGAUACUACUGGACCUGUUCUGGGUAGAGAGAGGGUGUGGGGUAUUGUUGCGGACAAUGUUACGGCGUUUGCGAAUAACACGCAGCGACUCAUAGAGGGAAAGAUCGCGAAACCUCUAAUCACCGGCGUAAACAAGAACGAAGGGUCAGCAUUUGCUGAUUUCGCACUCAAUCAGACUGUAGGUCCAGAUACAGCAAGCGUCAAGAUAGGCGCCAGCAUGUUUGUGUGUUCGGUGGGCCGCGAAGCAGACAAACGCGUAGCACACAACAUGACAACAUACCGCUACCUCUUCAAGGGCAAUUUCUCCAACAUCACCCCGCGCUACUGGCUCGGUGCCAUGCACAGCUCGGAAUUGCCAAUCGUGUUUGGUACACAUGAUCUGUUCCGGGGAAAUUCGACGGAAUUAGAGUUCGAGACUGGCUACUCUAUGGAAGCAUUCUGGUUCUCAUUCACGAAUAAUUCCAACGUGGCGCCAGUUGAUAACACGGGUCUUGCGUGGCCGGAAUACACAGGCGAAACUGGAUCCAUAGUGGUGUUUGGAGACGAGGAGACGGGAAAGGCGAGUCAGAUUGAAGGUGCGGGUGUUAUGAAUGAUGUUUUCCCGCUAGGUGAGUGCUAAGAAACGAUAAUGAUAGAAGAGGUGUGGGCAGGAGCAGUCUCGAACACGUAAUCUAUGAUUUGAG